AAAUGGGGGAAGAAGUCAAUGUUAGUCCUUUUCCCUAUCCGUACAUUGUAGAUAUUCCAAUGGCUUGUAACUUGGAAUUCACAUAGCCAAGAAAACCAAACCCAAUCCUAAAAUCUGAAACUCACCCUAUAAACGCACAUCACUACUUGUUUUUUAUUAAUCCUAUCUUGAAUUUGGUAAAUCUUUCCAUCAUUCAUGCUUCAAUCCUUCAACCCUUCUGGCGCUUGGGACUAAUAGCUCUCUUUGUGCUGUUCGGCUUCACUACUUGAGUCCUCGAUUCCCAGUCCCACUUGCUGAACUUGAUUGGCAGGCUGGAGCUAUUUCAUUGUUCAUCUGAGGAGCUUCGUUAUUGAUCAAUGAGUACGGUCAAUUGAAGUUGUAAAACUACUGAUGUUCAGAAGCAGCAAUGUUGUUGCCAGGAUUUUUGAGCGCCAAGUUCGUACUCCUUCUCCUGGCACUAGUGUUCAUUGUGCUAGGCAAUUCUAUGAGAAUUUAUUCCCAAGUUGUACUUUAUAUGAUGUUGAGUGCCCAGAUCAUUCGUUCCGCAAAUUCACUGAUGAUGGUCAGUACCUCAUUAGUUUUAGCAGAAAUCACCAGGAUCUGAUUGUUUAUAGACCAAAAUGGCUCUCAUAUUCAUGCAAAGAAGAAGAUUGUGAUCUUCCCUCAAAAGCAAAGAAGUUUGACAGCUUCUUCACACAACUGUACUGUGUUUCACUUGCUUCCAGCAAUGAGGUUAUAUGCAAAGAUUUCUUUCUUUAUGUGGAGAGUUGCCAAUUCGGUUUAUUUGCUACUUCUACUGCACAAUUUCAUGAUACACCUGCUAUUGGAGGUGCUAUUCAGGGAGUCCCCUCCAUAGAAAGGAUUACUUUCCACCUUUUGAGAUUGGAAGAUGGAAUGAUUCUGGAUGAGAAGGUCUUCAGGAAUGAUUUUGUUAAUCUGGCACACAACAUGGGCGUCUUCUUAUAUGAUGAUUUACUGGCAAUUGUGUCGCUUCGUUAUCAAACUAUACACAUUCUCCAAAUUAGAGAAUCUGGUAACCUUGUUGACAUUCGUGCUAUAGGUACAUUUUGCCGUGAAGAUGAUGAGCUUUUUCUCAAUUCCAGCACUCAGUGCAUGGCAAUUGCUGACAAAAGUAAAAUGCAUCAAUCAUCUUGGAGUCAUGUUGAAAACAGUGUGCAUAACACCCAACCCAGUUCAGACAAUUCUUUUCUGAGUGGCAUCAAACAACGCUUGCUUUCUUUCAUUUUCCGAGGAAUAUGGAAUGAAGAAAGACAUAACUCCAUGUUCAUAGGAACUCAUGGCUUUUAUUGCACUGCUUUGCACCAUCAGAGGGUCCAAGGCUUGAAGAAGAAGUUCUAUUUCCAUUUUCAAGAUUACGUUGACUUGAUUAUCUGGAAGGUACAAUUCUUGGAUCGGCAUCACCUGCUAAUCAAGUUUGGUAGUGUAGAUGGAGGGGUAUCAAGAAGUGCUGAUCACCAUCCCUCAUUCUUUGCUGUAUAUAACAUGGAUACAACUGAAAUUGUUGCUUUUUACCAGAAUUCAGCAGAAGAGCUUUACCUCUUGUUUGAGCAGUUCUGCGACCACUUCUAUGCAACAUCAAGAAAUUCAUUGUACAUGAAUUUUAUAUCUUCCCAUUCAAACAACAUUCAUGCUUUUGAGCAACUACAGUCCAUAAGGAAUAAAGCUAGCAGCUUUUCACAGUUUGUGAAAAAGAUGCUGGCUUCUUUGCCUUUCAGUUGUCAAUCAUUGAGUCCUUCUCCCUAUUUUGAUCAAUCUCUCUUUCGCUUUGAUGAAAAGCUCAUAUCUGCUGCUGACCGGCAUAGGCCUUCAACAGACCAUCCCAUCAAGUUUAUUUCUAGAAGACAACCAUGUACCCUCAAAUUUAAGAUUAAGCCAGGUCCGGAAGCUGGAAGUAUAGAUUGUCAAAAAAGAAAGGUCUCAUCAUUCCUUUUCCAUCCAUUUUUGCCACUAGCUCUCUCAAUUCAGCAAACGAUGUUCUUGCAGCCAUCGGUUAAUAUUCACUUCCGAGGAUGAAUGAAGAUACUAGUUCUUUUGCUUAUCAAUGUCCAUUUUGCAGUGCAGCCUCUUCUGAGAUUUGAGAUGAAAUUGUGAACAUUAUAGAGUUAUUACGUCCUAAUUAAUAUAUGAUUAUUCAAAUGGAUGUUAAUUUAUUUUUCUUUUAUUAAAUGAAAAAGUCUAUGGUUAGCAGCCAAAUAUUUUGAAUAUCCAAAUUAUGUUUUCAUACCUAGUAAGGGUAUAUUUGCAUUGUUGUUGAUGCUA